AUGAUCUUUAUUCUUGCCUUAUUGGUGACAUAUGCGAUUAUUCUUCUAAUUGGUAUCACCAAUGGUGCCCCAACUAUUAAAACCGAAUUGAGAUGGGAGAUGAAUAUUCCACCCCCAUCCGUGUGUUUUCAGUUUCCAUACAACUUCACUAUCGACUGUGAAUCACAUAAUAUGGAUGUUGCACAAAAUUGCAGUCAGCAGCAUGUUGAACAGCCCACGUUUAUCGUAAGCUCAAAUCGAUAUUCAGGCUGCUUUAUUCCCAAUGGUGUACAAGUAACAAAGGAUGUAAUAUAUUCCUUGGCGUAUACUGUGAAUGAUACAAAUUUCAACAACAGUUCGCCUGUGCCCGAGUUGGUUGCAACUAUAUAUGACACUGAACUCAUUAGCACGGAGUACAAUGAAACCGCCAAAGAAGUCGACAGAUACUAUCCAUCGUUAAUCAACUCUUUUAAUGCAAUGUCGAUCUAUCUUCUAUUUUAUCAGCAAGCAAAUAUAGUGGAAUAUUCUCGCAGCGAGAGACACGUAAUCAGGAGAAAUGCUUUUACAGCCUUUGGCAUGCUGUCUAACAAUAUACGCGUGCCUUACAUUACUACUAAAAUACAGGGCGGACCAUUGAAUAUUUCUGAUUUAGAUGCUAAUAUUUAUGGAGCAUUGUUUUUAAAAGUCAAUAACAACGUUGUCAGGGUUGAGAUUGAGCAGAGGCGAGUAAUCAGCUCAAUCGGUUUACUUGGCGGUGCAUGGGGCCUCGCUGUAGGACUAUAUGCCAUUUUGUUUGGCAGCGAUUCGCUACGUCCAUGGGGUUGUAUUCACUUCUACUGCUGUUGCUUUAUUCGACAGACACGUUUGCAGCUCCGCGAAUCACUUCCAGUUAUUCCAUUACGCUCCUCCAAGUCAUCAACGGUUCUACCGGCAGGCUCGUAUCGAUCGAAAGACUCGAAAUCAGUGGAACAAUUGCAAGAGCGGUUGGAUAGAUUGGAAUUGUUUAUGAGGGAAUAUAUGGUCGAGUCAGCUUACUUGGAAGGAUUGAACGAGAAUCGGUUUCCGAAUAGACUUAGCAGCUGGUUGGGAGGAUGUACUGGGAAUUCUGGAACAGUGGCUGCUGAUACUACCGGUGUUUAUGCAUCUAUCUCUUCUGUUUCUCAUUCUAAAACAGAUGUGGAGGAUGCUACAAGAACAACUGCAUUAGAGAGAGAACGAUCCAUUAUCCCCAGCGACCAUACACGUGUUUCUACGUCACCCCAACCGUCUCCCUCUCGCCUCUCAAAUCCAGAUUUUUUCUUCGUUGAUGCGGAAUCAUCUUAA